AAACCUCCCCAACCAGCAUCGCUUGUUAAAAGAGGCAGUAAAACAAACGCGAUUAACGGCCAUUGAAGGAACCACAGCACGUCACCAUGUCCGUUCGGUGGGAGUCGCCAGGGAUUGGGCGCCGGCGACGUUCUAGUGGUGGUGGUGGUGAUGGUGAUGUGGAUGAGUGCGAGAUUUCGAUGCUGGCCGAAUCGGUAACGGACGACGAUGGAGAUCAUUCGCGCUCACGGAACGGUGGUCCCGGUGGGCAUCGGACCACUUCCGGUGGACGGUGCCCAGUGGCAAGGAUGGAUGCCGAUUUGAGUGACGAGGGCGAAUCGGCGCUGGAUCAGUGCGAUGCAGACGAGAUAGUGGUGUUGGACGAAGCGAGUGAACGAUUGUUGGGGAAAUGGAACGGCAAUGCCAAAGUGAAGAUGUUCAAAUCCAAACCCACCUCGCCGAACGAACCGUCCCCAGUGCCCGGCCAUCCCGACCAGGACGGCACCGGGAUGCAUAUUACGCUGAACCCCUCGUCACGGGCCACCAGCCCCAGCUCCAUGGUGGGCAAACCGAGUGCCACACCGUCGCCCACACCUUCCGCCAACCCGCAGCCCGCCACAACCUUCGGCCACAACCAAACGAGCGCCAAGAGCAUCAACAACAACAACCGGAGCAGUAGCAACAGCAAGGCAAACAGCAAACCGAGCGGCAAGGGUGGAGGCAACGGUGGUGACGGUGGCGGCACGAAGAUCCCCCAAAAGAAGAGGAAAAGUUCGGACGAGGAGAGUGACAUCAUUGGCGAACUGAUCGGGGACUACGGCAAGUGGCAGUUCGUCAUGACGUUUUUGCUAUCCCUGUUCCAGGUGCCGAACACGUUCCACAUCUACUCGCCUACAUUUCAGGCAGCAGAUAAAAGCUUCUGGUGCCGACGGCCAACACAUCUAGCCGAUGUCCCGAUCGACCGGUGGCGGAACGUGACGGGUUCGGUGGAAAAUUGCCGGAUGCUGAAUUACGACUGGAAUGCGCUAACGAGCGCCCAGCUGUCGAUGGGCAACUUUUCGCUACCGCAGAACCUCACCGAUACGGUGGCGUGUAGCGCCUGGGAGUUUGACGUACAGGACAACCUCGGCAACACCUGGUCCUCGGAGUGGAAUCUCGUCUGCGACAAGGAGUACCUGAAGAAUGUGGCCGAGAUGUUCUUCCUGGCGGGCGUCGCAACCGGCGGCAUCACGUCCGGCGUACUGUCCGACAAGUUUGGCCGCAAAAUGAUGCUCUUCAUCUCUGCCGUCCUGCAGUCGAUUUUCGGGUUGGCGCUUUACUUUGCCGAUUCGUUCGAGUUCUAUCUUGUGCUGCGGGCGCUGCUCGGGAUCGUCUCCGUGUCGGUGACGUACGCGGGACUCAUACUGGCGAUCGAGUACGUGGAUGGGAAGUGGCGUACGAUCGCGGGCAUGUACAACCUGUUUCCGCUGCCCGUCUCCUAUAUUAUGAUCUCCGGCAUUGCCUACCUGACGCAGGACUAUCGAAAUUUGCAGCUGUGCAUUGGACUGCCGGGAGUGUUUCUGUGCUUGUUGUGGUUCGUCCUGCCGGAAUCACCCCGCUGGCUACUGUGCAAAGGUCGCAUUACCGAGGUGAAGGAAGUCAUCCGUAAGGCGGCCGCCUUCAACAAGCGCCCGUUGCCCGACAAUUUGGACAAACUGCUGAAACCGCCGGUGGACGAGGAGGAAACGGCGGCCGGUGUGUGCGAGCUGUUCCGUUCGAAAUAUUUGCGUCUGGUGACAUUUUGCUUCCUGUGCAUUUGGUUCACGAUGAAUCUCGUCUACUACGGUUUGGUACUGAACAUGAACAGCUUCGGUGGCAACAUUUAUCUCAACUCGGCGCUUGCCGGUUUGGUGGAAAUUCCUGCGAUUGCACUAGCCAUGUACAUCAUCAACCGUACCGGCAAAAAGUGGCUGUUCUGUGCGACCUUCUUUGCUGCCGCCCUGGCCUGCCUGUGUGCCGCGAUCGUCGAGGGAAAGCCGGAAUUUUUAGCGAUGAAAAUAACGUUCGUGAUGAUCGGUAAAUUCACUAUUAGUGCCGGUAACACGAUUAUGCCGGUGUAUACGGCCGAACUGUACCCGACCGCAAUACGCAACGUAGGUGUCGGGGCCUGCAACUUGGCUGCCGGGUUUGCUCUCAUCCUGACGCCAUAUUUGUCGAUGUUGACGAAAAUUGAGGACCAUCUGCUGAUGACACUGCUAACGGCUUGGUGUAUUUUUGGCGCAAUUGUGAUCAUUUUCCUGCCGGAAGCCAUGCAACAUCACGAACACGAGGAGCAUGACGAGGACAAGGAAAUCGAUACACAGACAGCUGCUUAGGGUGCGCGUCCAAUGCAACGCGAGCUGGUCGAACGGACCACAGCAAAAACAUCACUUUCCAUGACGGCUAACCCACGGAGCGGAAGCUAGAGUAUCGUACAGAAAUGAUCAACGAUCAAUACAACUGCAACUGCCAUAUCUACUCCCUGCACGAGUUUCGUAGUACAUGGAGCAUACUUGAUUGACCCAAAACCUCAAACUCCAACAGUCACAUCCGAACCAUGGACCAUGGCUUCGGUUCCGUCAGUGAGGGUUGUUCCUCAAUUUUAUUCUAAACGGUCAAUUGUAUGGGAACGUUUUCGAAUGGGCGGAAAAGAAAUGUCCCAUUCCAAACGACAUUGAUGUAUAGAACCGCUUGUCCGCAAAGAAUCGCACGCGAAGGUCCUCACAAAUUCCUAAUCCAACCUGGUAAACGCAUGGUAGCAUUUAUGUUGUAACACACUGAACCAUUUCGUUUAGCCGACACACAGCUCACCCCAAGAACAAAGAUGGUUACAAUAGGCAUAAGUGUAAUAGCAGCGUAAAGUUCAAUAGGAAGCGAACAUUUCGAUUUACAUCUCGCGUUCGUGUUGCGCUGGCUGGUCCAGGGGCAACGAAACGAGAUCGAAACUGUCGUUGUGACCGGUUCACAAAUAAGCAUAAACUCAACUGCAACAAAUGAAAAAAACACAGUCAUUACCAUUAAACCAAUAGUUGCUGAACCCACUACCCCAUCUACCGGCUAGUGUUGUAGAUCUUCCAGGGCAGGAAGGCAGGAGUUUAGGACGAGAUUUUGUAUCGUACCGUUUAGUAACACGCCCAUGCCAA